AUGAAACAGCCUGGCGAUGAUCAACACGUGGCUCCUAAGGCUGGGGCUAGCAGUCUGACAUUUGACGAGGCCACUUCCCGCCUCGGUUGCGUACGGAUGAAGGGCUCCGACAGUGUGGUUGUAAAUUCCAUCCAUACCAGUUGUUAUAUUGCAAAGUUCUGUCAUUUAUAUACUUCGAGCGUCUCCGACUAUCCUUCAAAUCUUCAGGUUGAACAUGUGAAAGCUGAAAGAAAUCUGCUUGCAAAGGUGGAUAGCAAUUGCAUUGUCAAACUAUAUUGUUCUUUCCAAGAUGAAGAGUUUUUGUAUGUGAUCAUGGAAUACCUAUGUGGUGGAGAUAUGAUGACUUUGCUUAUGAGAAAGGAUACAAUGACUGAAGAGGAGGCCAGGUUUUACAUUGCGGAAACAGUUUUGGCUAUUGAAUCCAUUCAUAAGCAUAACUACAUCCAUAGAGACAUUAAGCCUGAUAACUUGCUGCUUGAUAGAUAUGGUCACUUGAGUCUAUCAGAUUUUGGACUAUGUAAACCCUUAGAUUGCAGCACUCUCGAAGAGAAGGAUUUUCAUGGGCAAACAGUUUUAAUGGAACUUCACAAAAUGAAAGGUAAAAUUGCAGAUGGUGAAUUAUAUCUUUAUCCAAUAUCAAGUGGAUCUACUAACACCAUGCUCCUUGCAAUUUUGUUUGCUUUUGUGGUUUAUACGCUCCAGGGGGAAGUUAAGUAUGAAUAUCCAAAGAAAAGUUUUUGCUCUUUGACAAUGCGUUUGGUUGUUGUCUUGACUGAUGUCAAGGGAUGGAAAUGCAAUGCGGAUGAUAAUCUUCAUGACGCAAAGAUAGCAAUGAAGGAUUUGAUUGAUUUUAUGGGAAGCAAGAAAAGUGGAUUGUACAAUUAUGUCAGAAGUUAUAAGAAAAAUUGGAUGCUCCUAUUUCUUUGCAAAUUGAAAAAGUCUCAUGCCUUCAGGAAGAGGGAAGGAUGCAUCAUCAGAGAGAUGAAUUUUGUUUAG